AUGACGAGAGCAGUUGUCGAAAGCAUCAAGAAGCGUUUCCACGAAUUGGAUCCAUGUACCAAUUCGAAUUAUUCCAAGUUCAAAGUUAUUCACACUGAUUUGACUUUGACUGUUUCAUUUGAAUCCAAAACAUUGGAAGGGACUGUAGUUUAUGAUUUGAAAAACUUGGAUAAUGCGAGUGAGGUUAUAUUGGAUACAUCUGCAUUAAACAUAAAACAUGCAAAAGUCAAUGGGCAAGAAGUGUCAUUUGAAUUGAAGCCGGUUACACCAAUUUACGGGGCACCAUUGAGUAUUCCUAUUGCCUCCAACGAAAAUGAGAUUCAAGUGGAAAUAUCUUUCGCCACAACAGAUAAAUGCACUGCUAUUCAAUUCAUACAAGGUGAUACUGGUCCAUAUGUUUUUUCUCAAUGUGAAGCCAUUCAUGCAAGAAGCUUAUUCCCAUGCUUUGAUACACCAGCGGUUAAGUCCCCUUACAAAUUUAUAGGUCAUUCACCAGCUGUUGUAACCAUGUCUGGGAGAGCUCAACCAACUGACAAGCCCAAUACAUAUUAUUUUGAUCAGCCAAUCCCAAUUCCUUCUUAUUUGGUAUCGAUCACUUCUGGUAACUUGCUUAAGGCGCCAAUUGGUCCAAGAUCAGAUGUAUAUAGCGAAGAGCCAAGUUUGAAAAAAUGUCAAUGGGAAUUUGAAAAAGAUAUGGAAAAUUUCAUUCAAAUUGCUGAAAAAAUAGUUUUCGAAUAUGAAUGGUCUCGAUUCGAUUCAUUGGUGUUGCCUUCUAGUUUCCCAUACGGAGGUAUGGAAAUCCCCAAUAUGACGCAAUUGACACCAACAUUGAUCAGUGGAGAUCGUACCCAAACCAAAGUCAUGGCCCAUGAGUUGGCACAUUCAUGGUCCGGUAAUUUAGUUACCAAUAGUUCCUGGGAACAUUUCUGGCUUAAUGAAGGCUGGACCGUAUAUUUAGAGAGAAGAAUUAUUGGUGCAAUUGCAGCAGCUGAAGCCAAGGAAGAAGGCAGAGAAGAUGCAGAGAAAUAUGGUGAACAAGUGAGACAUUUCAAUAUGAUUAAUGGAUGGAAUGAAUUAACUGAUACUUGUGAAACAUUUGAUAAGAGAUAUACCAAAUUGGUAUUAGAUUUGAAGAAUGGUGACCCAGAUGAUUCAUUUUCCAGAAUUCCUUAUGAAAAAGGGUUUUUCUUCUUGUAUCAUUUAGAAACUAAAUUGGGAGGUAUAAAAGAAUUUGACCCAUUUAUUAAAUAUUACUUUAACAAAUUCAAAUACCAAUCUUUGAAUACUGCUCAAUUUGUCGAUACAUUGUACGAAUUUUAUGAGCCAAAGGGUAAAGCUGAAAUUUUGGACAACAUAGAUUGGGAAACUUGGUUAUUUGUUCCCGGACUUCCAGAAAAACCAGAAUUUGAUGUUACUUUAGCUAAUCAAGUGUAUGCUUUGGUAGAUAAAUGGGUAACUUACGUCAAGAAUGGAGGUGAACUUCCUGGUGACGAAACUGGCGAUUUUGAAGGUGAACAAGAUAUGUUGUUUUUGGAAACGUUAACUGAGAAAUUCAAGACUCUUGACGUUAAACCUGAAACUAUUAGAUUGUUCCCGGAAAUAUACCCCAAAUAUGGUGCAAGCAGAAAUGGGGAAAUUAUUUCUCGUUGGAACGAAUUGUUGAUUACUUACGGUAAAUAUUCGUCUCAAGAUACAUUGGUACAAUCGUUUGCAAGCUGGUUGGGUACAAUUGGUCGUAUGAAAUAUGUUAGACCUGGGUAUUUGUUGUUGAAGAAAGGUAUCAGUCAUGAGUUUGCUUUAGAGGUCUUUAAGAAAUACGAACAUGUCUACCAUCCAAUUUGUAGAACCAUGGUUAAAAAAGAUUUAAGUUAA